AUGGGGCAACCCUGUAUCAAGAGCGCGAUCCGCGCUGCCCAUCGAAAGGGAAGCCGGUUAAGAUUCCGGCACCUGGACAAGGCGACGACGGUAACGUUAGCGAGCCCGGAGACGCCGGCGGGAACUGCGGCCAAAAACCGAGGGCUGUCCGGACGUCUGCCCGAGCCGCCCCGUGUGGCGAGGGCGGACUCCGGCGUGCCCGAGGCGGGAGGCCACAGGGACGGGGGGCAAGCUCGGUGUGCGUCGGCACACAUCCGCCCUCCGCCUCUCAACGACUGGAAGGGCGUCGGUCGGCCGCCUGAGGGCGGUCCGGCUUAA